AUGUUGAUUCCAGUGAUUCGACACUCCACGCAUUUUGGUCAAAAGACCACAAUCCCACAAUCCCAUCUAGAAAUAAAACCAACUAUCCAACUUCACCUAUCAUUGCCACUGCCAGGAUACUAUCCACGUAGUCGAGUACGCUUAUUCGACUGUUCAACAUCAGAGGACUUUUUUCUUCGACUUCUCCGCUUUGAGAAACUAAAAAGACGGAAACAACAGAGGAUCCAAAGGCUAAAACAAUAUACUGAUCACUGUCACGAUUGUAAGGGUAUAUACGCACCCAGGCUGCUGGGUAGUUUAAGGGAAAGCGGUGUGCUUGAAUAGCAGCGUGAAUUGGUGGUUCUUUUAUGGAACAUGCAUCUAUACACGGCAUCGAUGAGAGAACCUUCACUUCACGUAAGGUGGACAAAACAGAAAUACUCGUUCCGGAAUCGACAUCUAGAUGGACUGUAGACACAUGCCCAUCACUUGUAUGAACGAAAUAGGUUGAUUGGUCGUUUUGAACUACUUGAUUGACCAGGGAUGGUUGUAUUCGGAAAGGAAGGCUACCACUACACACGCGGAGAGUGUGCGCCAUAAUAACCUUAUUUUUGUUU